AUGUAUAUUGCAGGCAUCCACGUCCCAAACGACCCCUUUGCGAGUAACGUCGAGACAGUGGUCUGUGGAACUCUUGCACUCGGGGCCCUCGCAUCUCUGCGCAAGCUUGCUGCUGCAUUUGCUCGUGCUGACGCUACUGGGGGCAAGCUCAUCUCUCUCCCUGGUUCGUGGACCGGCAAGCUUGUUACACCAACUCACGCUGCUGCGACCUUCGUGCCCGUUUUCAUUUAUCUCUUUACGGUUCCAUUCGAAGGGUUUCAACAACCUGAUUGGAUCAAAGCAUACGCUCUGCCUGACUACGGUCUCGAUGGUUCAACCCAGACCCUACUCAGGUUGAUUGGGUGUAUCGGAGCCAUCGCGUCGUGGGCUCACGCAGAGUAUUGCGUACGCAAGCUCGGGCAGAAUUGGCACAUCAUCGGAGUUCGCGAAAAGCCUAAGAUCGUCAACACGGGACCAUAUUCCAUAGUCCGCCACCCAUUCUACAGCUCCGUCAUUGCCCUAGAGGCUUCAUUGGCCCUGAUGGGUUGGAGUAUCAUCCCCAUUUACGCACUUGGAAUCUGUGCUGCGGCGUUCACAGUGAAGAUUCCCAUCGAGGCAAGUACCAGUCUCCCACAAAGCGCUGAACGGUUGAUUGAAUCCGACAAGAACAUCGGGCCUGAUUAUAGGGAAUACAAGAAGGAGGUCACAUCAAGGUUCAUACCAGGCAUCCUUUAG